AUGUGUCCACCGUCCACUAACACGGGUCCUUCAGCCGAGCAGCCUGAUGAAACCAUUCUCGCACAACUCGACUCUCUCGUCCCAGACACACCUCUGAGUAAAGCCAUUCUGCGUCAUGUCGUCUCCGCUCUCCCCCUGUCCAUAGUCCACCAUAGCUUGCGGGUAUAUCUAUUCGCCAACUGGCUGGCCCACAAAGAAGCCUCCCCGUUGGCCGACGGCCAUCUCCUGUUCGCAGCAUGCGUCGGCCAUGAUCUGGGUGCAUCACAUCUCCAUAAUGCCACUUCCGAGAGAUUCGAGGUCGAAGGUGCUGACACUACCGUCGCCCUGUUGCGGGAGCACCACCGCGACCUCACCGAAACAGAUGCCCAUGACGUGUGGGUCGCCAUAGCCUUGCACACCUCACCCCAUAUUGCUGAGAGAAUCACCCCAUUGGCCCGCCUGGUCAGACUCGCUGUCUUGAUCGACUUCCGUCCCCUCUCCCGCCAGUCACACCACGCCGUCGAUUAUGGUAGAGAAAUCGAGAUCAAAUUGCCCCGUCUGGAUAUCGAGAAGAUUUUGGCGGAUGCCGUGGUACACCAAGCGGUGCAGAAUCCCCUGAAAGCACCGCCCGCCUCGUGGCCCAACGCCCUCUACAAAUCACAUCUCGAAAACCCAGAUUGGACCGGUGUCAACAAGGGCUUUUAG